GGAGGCGGGGCCCGAGCGUGGAGGGGGGGGCAGGUCUGCAUUGCCGCUUGUUCUGGUACCCGGAGCAGUCGCCGCUGCCACCAACCUCACGGCCGGGGACCCCCGCCCUCGUUCGGGACUCCCCUGCCCCGGGGACCCAGCCCAGAUCUCCAGAGGCUCCUGGAAGAGAAGUAGCAGCCUCUUCUGAGUUAUUCUGGAUCCCCAGCUUGCCUCCCCCUCCCCUGCACCUGGCUCCCCCUCCCCUUCCUGUGCCCCUGCUCUCCCUCUCCCUUCCCAAUGCACCCAACUGAACUGGGUGUGGGCCAGAGCUCCUCUCCCUCCCUUCCCCUCCUAAACACUCACUGGCCAGGUCCUAUUUUCCCCUAUUCUGUGCACAAAGAUACUUGAACACAUUUCAUCUAAGUAACUUGGGGAAGGGGGUCUUUCCAACUCCACGAGUCACUGAGCAAAAUCUGAAUAAGGAGUGGAGGAGAUCCGGUGAAACAUCCCCAAAGCCCCAUCAUGGAAGAGGGCUUCAGAGACCGGGCAGCUUUCAUCCGUGGGGCCAAGGACAUUGCCAAGGAAGUUAAGAAGCAUGCAGCCAAGAAGGUGGUGAAGGGCCUGGACAGAGUCCAGGAUGAAUAUUCCCGGAGAUCCUACUCCCGCUUUGAGGAGGAGGAGGAUGAUGAUGACUUCCCUGCCCCUGCUGAUGGCUAUUACCGAGGGGAAGGGGCCCAGGACGAGGAGGAAGGUGGCGCUUCUAGCGAUGCCACUGAGGGCCAUGAUGAGGAUGAUGAGAUCUAUGAGGGGGAAUAUCAGGGCAUCCCCCGAGCAGAGUCUGGGGGCAAAGGCGAGCGAAUGGCAGAUGGGGCACCCCUGGCUGGAGUGAGGGGAGGCUUGGGUGAUGGAGAGGGCCCCCCUGGGGGGCGGGGAGAGGCACAGCGGCGGAAAGAACGGGAAGAACUAGCUCAGCAGUAUGAAACUAUCCUACGGGAGUGUGGCCAUGGCCGCUUCCAGUGGACACUCUAUUUCGUGCUUGGUCUGGCGCUGAUGGCUGAUGGUGUCGAGGUCUUUGUGGUGGGUUUCGUGCUGCCCAGUGCUGAGAAGGACAUGUGCCUGUCUGACUCCAACAAAGGCAUGCUGGGCCUCAUUGUCUACCUGGGCAUGAUGGUGGGAGCCUUCCUCUGGGGAGGUCUGGCUGAUCGUCUGGGUCGAAGACAGUGUCUGCUCAUCUCACUCUCAGUCAACAGCGUCUUCGCCUUUUUCUCAUCUUUCGUCCAGGGUUAUGGCACUUUCCUCUUCUGCCGCCUCCUCUCUGGGGUUGGGAUUGGAGGCUCCAUCCCUAUCGUCUUCUCCUAUUUCUCGGAGUUUCUGGCGCAGGAGAAACGCGGGGAGCAUUUGAGCUGGCUCUGCAUGUUUUGGAUGAUUGGUGGCGUGUACGCAGCUGCUAUGGCCUGGGCCAUCAUCCCCCACUAUGGGUGGAGCUUUCAGAUGGGGUCCGCUUACCAGUUCCACAGCUGGAGGGUCUUUGUCCUCGUCUGCGCCUUUCCUUCUGUCUUUGCCAUUGGGGCUCUGACCACACAGCCUGAGAGCCCCCGUUUCUUCCUGGAGAAUGGGAAGCAUGAUGAAGCCUGGAUGGUGCUGAAGCAGGUUCAUGAUACCAACAUGCGAGCCAAGGGGCAUCCUGAGCGAGUCUUCUCGGUAACCCACAUUAAGACAAUUCAUCAAGAAGAUGAGUUGAUUGAGAUCCAAUCAGACACAGGGACCUGGUAUCAGCGAUGGGGGGUCCGGGCCUUGAGCCUGGGAGGGCAGGUUUGGGGGAAUUUUCUCUCCUGUUUUGGUCCAGAAUAUCGACGUAUUACUCUGAUGAUGAUGGGUGUGUGGUUCACCAUGUCGUUCAGCUACUAUGGCCUGACUGUCUGGUUUCCCGACAUGAUCCGCCAUCUCCAAGCGGUAGACUACGCAGCCCGCACUAAAGUGUUCCCUGGGGAGCGUGUAGAGCAUGUGACUUUUAACUUCACCCUGGAGAACCAGAUCCACCGAGGGGGACAGUACUUCAAUGACAAGUUCAUCGGGCUGCGUCUGAAGUCAGUGUCCUUUGAGGACUCCCUGUUUGAGGAGUGUUAUUUCGAGGACGUCACAUCCAGCAACACUUUCUUCCGCAACUGCACCUUCAUCAACACCGUGUUUUAUAACACUGACUUGUUUGAGUACAAGUUUGUGAACAGCCGUCUGGUGAACAGCACAUUCCUGCACAACAAGGAGGGCUGCCCACUGGACGUGACCGGGACAGGUGAAGGCGCCUACAUGGUCUAUUUCGUCAGCUUCUUGGGGACGCUGGCUGUGCUUCCUGGGAACAUCGUGUCUGCCCUGCUCAUGGACAAGAUUGGCAGGCUCCGAAUGCUUGCUGGCUCCAGCGUGAUGUCCUGCGUCUCCUGCUUCUUCCUGUCUUUUGGAAACAGCGAGUCAGCCAUGAUUGCUCUGCUCUGCCUUUUUGGGGGGGUCAGCAUUGCAUCCUGGAACGCGCUGGACGUGUUGACUGUUGAACUCUACCCCUCCGAUAAGAGGACCACCGCCUUCGGCUUCCUGAAUGCCCUGUGUAAGCUGGCAGCUGUGCUGGGGAUCAGCAUCUUCACAUCCUUUGUGGGAAUCACCAAGGCAGCCCCCAUCCUCUUUGCCUCAGCUGCCCUUGCCCUUGGUAGUUCUCUGGCCUUGAAGCUGCCUGAGACCCGGGGGCAGGUGCUGCAGUGAGGGAGUCUCUGGGGCUUCAGGGGUGGCAGGCACACUGUGAUACCGACAACCCCUUCCUCCCCUUCCCUGCCCUGCCAUCCUGGCCCCCAAAGCUCUCACCCCUCCUGCCCCCACCCCCCAUGUCUGGUGUCUCAGCCAUGCGUGUGUGUGUGUGUGUGUGUGUGUGUGCGCGCGCGCACGCACGUGUGUAUGUGUGUGUAUGCAUAUGUGUGCCCCAUGGGCAGGGACUACAGGGAAGUCUCCUCCAUUCUAGUUUUGGGGUCCAGCUCUACUCCCCUCCUCCUACUUCCCUCGACUUUGCACAAGAGAAGGCUUGGCCCCACCUUCUCCUCCAGUGUUAGUGAGCGGCCCUGGCUCUUCCCGGCUUCUGGGGCUCUAGAACAGGCUUCCUGCCUCCCCCCUCAUUCCUUCUGCCUGGGUCCUAGUGAAACUAUAGGCACGUGGUUAUGUUGGGAGCUGGGGCUUGGUGUAGACCAUGGACCAAAAGAGUUUCUUACAGUUGGAAGGGCCUUUGGUGCCCUCUCACACCUGUUGGAUGCUGGGGGAGUAGCAAUAAACCUCAGCCCCCUGGCCUCCACUUCCCCUUCAGUCUGGGGUACAAGUAAGAAGCCUGAAUUCUAUGAUAUUAGCUUUCUAAUUCUUAUUUAUUUAUAUAUUCUGAGGCAGCUCAGCAGGAGUGUGUGUGCGAAUGUGUGUACACUUAGGUGUGCGUGUGUAUGUGCCGUGGGGUAGGGGUGUCAUUAUAUACAAACCUAAAAUACUGUCCCAAAAUACAAGCCACGAGUCAUUUCAGUGGACUCACACGCAACCCUGCCUCCCAUAGUACCUCCCCUAAUCUUGUUUCUGUGCCAGGCCUGGAUGGGAGGAGCCCUAGGCCGGGCUGGGAUGAGAGUCCCACAGUCUAGGGAGAUGGAGGUCACCUGACGAGGUCCACCUCUUCCCCUUCUCUCAAGAAGCACAGGCCUCCUCUUGAGUGAGAGGCUCUAUCCACUAUAGCACAGGCAGGAUCAGCAUAGCAGCCCUCCCACCCCCAACCUGUCCCUCACAGGUGGGGAAGCAGGGGAGGGAAAGGGACCAGGCAUAUGGUCAAACCAGCAGAUCAAAAAGCACAAGGAGCUGGGGCAGGGGCAGGAAACGGGGGCCUUCCCAGCAAUUCCUCUAAAGUGGGAAGAGGUUAGGCAGUAAGCCAGGGACCCCUAAUGCAGGGACCAGAAGCCUCAGUUUCCCCAUUUCACCCUUUCCACAGGAUAAGCCCCUGAGGGUUAAGCUGCCCCUGCCCCACCCUACUCCAUGUGGCUGCUUUCUUUGGUGCCCCUUUCCCCCCACUGUAGCUGUGAUGUGUUGUAGUUUUUAGCUGUUUGUAAAUGUUUAAAAAAAAAGUUAAAAGGAAAAAAGUGAAAACAACAACUACAAAAGAAAAUCCAAAUUCCCCCUCCUCAUGCUGCGUCUGGUGUCCCCACCCUGUGGUCACUCCCAUUUUGUAACACUGAACCAGGUGGUGACUGUUUAACUCUUUGGUGUCUGUGCUCAAAGGACUGCCUUCUCCUCCAGUGCCCAGUGUACGAGUGUGUGCCCUCUUUCCUCACCCUUCACUUACUGGACGCAGCUCUCUCACCUGCACCCCCCUGGAGGGGCCCACCCAUCUCCCUUACCCUCCUGGGGAACCCUACACCCAACUCUGUUGAUGUGAAAAACGAAAUGAAAAUAUUGAUGAAAAAUAAAAAGGAAACAAAUCCUUAAAAUCCAAAA